AUGUUACUUGGUGAUAAACCAGUAUCUAUUUUUCUCUCAUUUUAUUCGCUUUUAUUAUUAAAAAAUAUUGAUGCACAAUUCAGCGACAGUGGUAGCAUGGCUCAAUUUAUACAAUCGAUAUUAUCUGGUAAUACUAUUUACAAAGCCAAUGAAGAUAGAAAGAAAUUCGUUCCAGUCAAAGUUUCUCCUGAUGUGUAUGGAAAUUGGACAUAUCGAUCAUUUAUGAACCAUCCCGAUGAAACUCUUUCAUUUAAUGAUUUAUAUUUUGCUCUUGCAACACUUGAAAUCACUGAUUCUAGGAAUAUUGGCAUUUUACAAGGUCGUCUGAUAUUUUCAGACAAUGCUGAUAUCAUGUCACUUCAGGGUUCUAUUCACUACGGCUAUCCAUUUACGCUAAGAUUCCAAGGUAUUGGCAGCACUCCUAAUAUAAAAAAUUUUACGUAUGAUUACAUUGGAUUCUUGGUGCCACAGUGGCCUAAUGGUAUCGACCAACGGCCUUCAAUAGUUGGCUCAGUUAUACGAACAUUACCACAUGGUGAUCAUCCUGCUGGGGAAGUCGCAUCAUUUAUUGCUGUUAAACGAAAUUAUGAGUGA